GUUUUUGUCUUCAUGAUGCAUCGUAGCUAUGGCCCAGUUUGAGGGAGUGUCAAAGCAGUCCAGUCUACACCCUAAACCUGUAGGUUUGGUUUUGCAGUAUGGCACUGCUGGUUUCAGGACCAAUGCCAAACACCUGGACCACAUCAUGUUCAGGAUGGGUCUGCUGGCCACACUUCGCUCCAAAAAGACCGAAGCCACUAUCGCAGUCAUGGUCACAGCCUCACACAACCCUGAGGAGGACAAUGGGGUCAAGCUUAUUGACCCCAUGGGGGAGAUGGUGACACUGACAUGGGAGGGCUACGCUACCCAGCUUGCCAAUGCUGAGCAGGACGAUUUGCUUACCGCUCUGAAGGAUGUUAUCGAAAAGGAGGCCAUAAACAUGAGUCAGGAGGCUAACGUGUUUGUGGGCAAAGACACACGAAGCAGCAGUGCAAGCCUUGCACAGGCAGUAUUAGAUGGAGUAUCUGCACUCGGUGGUCACAGUAAAGACUAUGGUUUGGUGACAACCCCUCAGCUCCACUACAUGGUCCGCUGUCAGAACACACAGGGUAAAUAUGGAGAAGCCACAGUGGAAGGAUACUAUAACAAACUCUGCCAAGCCUUCAUUCAGCUCACAAAGAAUGCAUCCAAUUGCACAGAUGACCAGAAGCACCUCUCAGUCGACGGUGCCAAUGGUAUUGGUGCUCUAAAGGUACGAGAGAUGGAGAGUCACUUGAAGAAGGAGCUGCAUUUAUCUCUGUUUAAUGAUGGGAGUGAAGGAAAACUAAACCACCAGUGUGGGGCUGACUUUGUUAAAGUGCAGCAAAAACCUCCGACAGGCAUGAAGAUGAAUCCAGGGGAGCGUUGCUGUUCCUUCGACGGCGAUGCUGACCGAAUCAUUUACUACUUCACCGACUCUGACGUAAAGUUUCACCUGCUGGAUGGAGACAAAAUUGCAACGCUUAUCAGCACUUUCCUAAAAGAGCUUCUCACACAGGCUCAUCUAGACUUGAAGAUAGCAGUGGUACAAACUGCCUAUGCUAACGGCAGCUCAACACAUUACCUGGAAAACACUAUGAAGGUUAUUGUGAGGUGCACUAAAACUGGAGUGAAGCACCUUCAUCAUGCUGCGCAGGACUUCGAUAUUGGUGUUUACUUUGAGGCCAAUGGUCAUGGAACUGUGUUGUUUAGUGGAGAAGCCGAGGAGAAAAUCCAGCAGCUAGCUGAGAACGCGAGCACUGACGAUGAGACGAAGAGAGCGGCUCUCCUUCUGCAGAACACCGUCAACAUCAUAAACCAGACUGUAGGUGACGCCAUUUCUGACAUGCUGCUAAUUGAAGCCAUUUUGGCCAUCAAGGGUAUGACGGUGCAACAGUGGGACACAAUCUACAGCGACCUGCCCAACAGGCAGCUCAAAGUCAAGGUGUCAGACCGCAGGAUGAUAGACACAGCAGAUGCAGAGAGAAGGGCAGUGAGCCCUGCAGGACUGCAGGAGGCCAUUGACACUUUGGUGAAGAAGCACAGACAGGCUCGCUCCUUUGUCAGACCCUCCGGCACAGAGGACAUAGUGAGAGUUUACGCUGAGGCUGAAACACAGGAGAGUGCCGAUGCUCUGGCACAUGAAGUCAGUCUCACAGUUUAUCGCCUCGCUGGAGGAGUGGGUGAUGAACCCAAACCUUUGCAAUAGAAAAGUGCUUUUUGAAUCUAGUCAGCAACUCUAUUUUAUUUCAUUGCAGUGCCAACUUAUGUUUGAACUUAACCCCAUACUUGAUUCUAGUUUUUCAAUUUAUUUUUGGUGUUUCUGUCUUUUUGAAGAUUUGGGACACCUUGGAGGGUACAAUGAAGGGAUUUGUUUACUUUAGUUGUUGUUUUUCUAACUGCCUGCUAUGUGCCUUUAAAUAAUAGGUUUCUAUGUACUGUAAUAUAUAUACUAUGAUUACAACAGCUGUAGUCUUCACAGAUUCUGAAGUUAUUAAUGGUUGUUUCUAUUAAAUAUUGGUUAUUAUGUAACUUCCUACUAAAUCGAAAAUGUUUGAGCUUUGACUGUGAUGAUUACUUGUCUUGUGAAACACUAAAAACAAGUUUACACUAGGUGAGAUGUAGCAGUUGUACUUUCCUGAAAUUAAAAAAAGCUUGUGCUGCUUUAGUUUUAAUAAACUGUGGAAACAAAUAAAAAAACAACAAUCAAGA